AGGCGGGGCAUAUUUCUGAGCUCAGGAAAGUGAAACUACCCCUGUUCCACUGCCUGGAGGGAGCCAUGGCUGCAGACAACCCCGCAGAAAGUCUCCAGGAGGAAGCGACAUGUCCCAUCUGUCUGGAGUAUUUCACAGAACCGGUCACUCUGGAGUGUGGGCACAAUUUCUGCCACGUCUGCGUCAGCCAGUACUGGGAGGGAUCCAGUACAGACACCUCCUGCCCUCAGUGCAGAGAAACUGCGCAACAGAGAAACCUCAGGCCCAACCGGCAGCUGGGAAACAUGGUAGAAAUCGCCAAGCGGCUGAGUUUCCGGGCAGCGAAGGGAGCAGGAGGGGGUGGGGUGUGUGGGGAACACCAGGAGACUCUGAAACUGUUCUGUGAAGAGGAUCAAACCCCCAUCUGUGUGGUUUGCCAUCUGUCCCGGGCUCACAGAGCUCACACGGUGGUUCCCAUAGAGGAGGCUGCCCAGGAGUACAAGGUGAAACUCCAGGGAGCCCUGGGCCCUCUGAGGAAGAAGCUGGAAGAGGCUCUGGCUCUGACCUCUGAAGAGGAGGAGAAAACCACAGAGUGGCAGGGGAAAGUGAAGAAUAAGAGAGAGAUGAUUGCAGGUGAAUUUAACAAACUGCACACACUGCUGAGAGAGGAGGAGCAGCUGCUUCUGCGGAGCCUGAAGGAGGAGGAGAGGGAGACUCUGCAGAGACUGCAGGAAAAUGUCACCAAACUCUCCCGGCAAAGCUCCUCUCUGCAGCAGCUGAUCACAGAGAUAGAGGAGAAAUGUCAACAACCGGUUGCGGAGCUGCUGAAGGAUGUGACAAGCACAUUGAGCAGGAGCGAGAAUGUGAAACUCCAGGAACCAGAAGCUGUUUCUACUGACCUGAAGAACGUAUAUAAAAUUUCCCUUGACAUGAGGACGCUGAAGAGAUUUGGAGUGGACAUGACUCUGGAUCCAGACACGGCUCAUCCCGAACUCGUCCUGUCUGAGGAUCGGAAAUGUGUGAGAGAUGGAGACAGACACCAGGAUCUGCCCGACAACCCUGAGAGAUUUGAUCCUUGUGCCUGUGUCCUGGGCGCUGAGUGGUUGGCGGGCGGGAGGUGUUACUGGGAGGUGGGGGUGGGAGACAAGACUGAGUGGGACCUGGGGGUUUGCAUGGAAUCUGUGCGCAGGAAGGGGGAGGUCACACUCACACCUGAGGAUGGAUACUGGGUCGUGCGGCUGGAGGACGGGAAAUACGAGGCCUUCACCUCCCCCUCGACCCCCCUCCCCGUGAACGUCCGGCCCAGCCGGGUGGGGAUUUUCCUGGACUAUGGGGCGGGCAAGGUCUCGUUUUACAAUGUGACUGACAGGUCCCAUCUCUUCACGUUCACUGGCACCUUCUUCGGGAUGCUCCGCCCUUAUUUCCAUCCUGGUCUCCAUGCUGAGGGUGAAAACGCGGCUCCCCUGAUCCUCUGCCCGGUCGAGGGGAAUCUCGGUCCCUGACAGUCACAAAAUAAAAUAUUAAAUUGUCAGACGGGGUUGUUCCGUUACAAUGUACGUGUCAUAAACAUCACAACUACACACAUGUGCAGCUGCUCUCUCCCUCUCUCUCCCCCCCCCCGCCUCCUUUAUUGUCUUGACUGGUUCUCUCUGGGAGGCAGGGCACAUACACCCACCUCCUGCACUACACCUUUGAAAAUUAAUAGCUUAAAAAUGAUAGAAUUAAUGAAGCAAUAUAUUUAAAUUCACUCAUACAAGAUUAUAUAAUAUUCUUUGAAGUUCUGUCAGCAUUAAUUCACUUUCUAGCUGCAUAUAAUCGGUAAUCAAGAUUUGACCCUUCCUUGCUUUUCCUCACAAAACAUGGUCCCCAACCUCAAGUGCUGUAUUCUUAUAUACCAGGGGUCAGCAACCGUUCAGAAGUGGUGUGCCGAGUCUUCAUUUAGUCACUGUAAUGUAAGGUUUUGUGUGCCAGUCAUACAUUUUAACGUUUUUAGGAGGUCUCUUUCUAUAAGUCAAUAAUAUAUAACUAAACUAUUGUUGUAUGUAAAGUAAAUAAGGUUUUUAAAAUGUUUAAGAAGCUUCAGUUACAAUUAAAUUAAAAUGCAGAGCCCCCCCGGCCCUUGGCCAGGACCCGGGCAGUGUGAGUACCACUGAAAAUCAGCUUGCAUGCCGCCUUUGGCACACGUGCCAUAGGUUGCCUACCCCUGUGAAAUACAAAAACGUCUUCUAUAAUCUCAUCUUUGUGGUUUAUUUUUCUUUAGAAAUAUUAUUUGCAGGGAAUGUCCUGUCAGUGUCCACUGUUGAUUUCAGAGUACUGCCAGGCUUUCCAUGUUCUUGGUUCUAAGGACACAACAAAUGUAGUUUGAUACAGAAAUAGAGAAGGGGUUGUAUUCCUUUACUCAAUCAUCACAAAUUAACUUAAUUGUAGUAAAGAUGCUGGCACUUAAUGACACAUAACAUGAAAUUUGGUGACGUUUUAUUGGAAGACCUUUCUUCUCGGCCAUAAAUCAGUCAAAAGGGUGCUAUUUUUGUUGUCAUGUGAGGUUUAGAGUACAAAGAAAAGAAAGUUGCUCCAGGAAAUUCAUCACAAUUCCUCUGGGUUCUGUCCACCACCUUCUGGAAUGCUCUGUAAAAAUAGUGACCGAUUGGUCCAAUUCCUUGAUGUUAGCGAUUGAACCUAAUUUCUGGAAGAGCUGGCUGAGCAGCGUGUGAGGGGAGGCACAUCACAUGGCAUUGCUAGGACCACUUUUUGUUUUAAACGUGAUGUGUUAUGAACAUUUUCAAUGUAAUAAUUCAGUUUUGAAGAUUUAUUCACAGUAUGCCAUCCAUGGCAGAGUGCCCUAAAUGUACGUUGAUUAUUUGAAAAUAAAUACCCUAACAUUA